GAGGCUCCCACCAUAAAGUCACAUCGUGUCCUGGUUUUAACAAGUUUUGUACCCUAAGAAUAUCGGAAAAUUAUCUCUUUUUUUCUUUCUUUCUUUCUUUUUCGCCACCGCGUUGGCAAUAUCGGAUGCGCUCCAGGCAGCGUUUUUCCAACUCGAACUUUACGCACCGGCUACUGCGCCACUAGCUGGAGAGCUGCUGUCGCCGCUUACCGGUUGCUGUCCCGGGGCUCCUGUCCCUGGUUCUCCGGACUCUUUUGUGUCGAGGCCAAAGAUCGCUGACACAAUGUACAACUGCAUGUCUUAAUUUGUGGCUCUCGAUCGAUCGGAAGUUCACUUUCUGUCAAGUUGGGUUCGGGAUUUUGACUUGUCUUUCUCGUCGCUGCUGAAGAGGAGAAAGAGGACGCUUUUUAUUCUGAUUCUCUACAAGACCGAGGAUCCAUGAUGAGCAAACCCACCGGCUCAACAAGUGGCUGUUUGGAUAUUCUGAAUGUCAAAUCAAGUCGGAUUCUGGACAUCCCAUGUAAAGUGUGCGGCGACCGCAGCUCAGGGAAACACUACGGUGUUUACGCCUGUGAUGGCUGCUCGGGAUUCUUCAAGAGGAGCAUCCGCAGAAACCGGACCUAUGUGUGUAAAUCUGGCUCGCAGGGUGGUUGUCCCGUAGACAAAACUCACAGAAACCAGUGCCGAGCGUGUCGUUUGAAAAAGUGUCUGGAAGUGAACAUGAAUAAAGACGCCGUUCAGCACGAGAGGGGGCCUCGAACAUCUACAAUUCGCAAACAGGUCGCUCUGUAUUUCCGGGGCCACAAAGAGGUGAAUGGUUCCUCGGCACAUUUCCCCGGAUCCUCGCUGCCCGGUCCUCCCUUUUUCACCACCGUCACCCAGCUGGAGCCUCACAACUUGGAGAUGAGCACAGUAGCCACUACACCGGAAAGACAGGCCAUCGUGGGUCUAGCGCAGCCAACUCCCAAGUAUCCCCAUGAGGUCAGUGGCACCCCCAUGUAUCUGUACGAGGUGGCGACGGAGUCUGUGUGCGAGUCAGCCGCGCGCCUUCUCUUCAUGAGCAUCAAGUGGGCAAAAAGUGUGCCCGCCUUCUCCACCCUCCCUUUAUCUGAUCAGCUGAUUCUGCUGGAGGAUGCUUGGAGGGAAUUAUUUGUUCUGGGCAUCGCGCAGUGGGCCAUUCCCGUGGACUCCACCACUCUUCUCGCUGUUUCUGGGCUGAACACUGAAAACACGGAGAGUCAGCGGAUGAACAAGAUCAUGUCUGAGAUUCAAGCACUUCAAGAGGUGGUCACCAGAUUCCGACAGAUGCGCCUUGACGCGACCGAGUUUGCCUGCUUGAAAUGUAUCGUAACAUUCAAAGCUGUUCCUACGCAUGGCAGCACAGAAUUAAGAAGUUUCCGCAACGCUAGCGCCAUUGCUGCUCUCCAAGAUGAAGCCCAGCUCACUCUCAACAGUUAUAUACACACCAGGUACCCGACUCAGCCGUGUCGUUUCGGUAAGCUCCUCCUGCUGCUGCCGGCGCUUCGCUCUGUCAGCCCGUCCACCAUAGAGGAGGUGUUCUUCAAAAAGACCAUCGGCAACGUUCCCAUCACCAGGCUCCUCUCCGACAUGUACAAGUCCAGCGAUAUAUGAAUUCUCGUCAUCUGCCGGGGUGGGGUGGGGCAUGGAAAGAGACUCGAGACCCACGAGGAGACCCACUGAACAAUCAACACAGACUGUCAAAUCAUAGCAGGUGUAGCCACGGGCUGAAGCACAAAAUCUCUUAGGCUGUUUUAAUAUAGCCUAUUUAGGCAUAGGCUCCAUUGAACACAGCCGGAUCACCACUUAGCCUGUUAACAGUUGCUCUAGUUGAGGAUUAGCAUGUACCUUUGAUUACAGACCUGCCUCUAUGAUUCUGAAAACUGUAAUAUCUUGUGGGCAAACAGCCUGCAGCGUUUAAAUGUCGCCUUAAGACUGUGGAGAGCACCUGCCAAGCACGAUUCACAAAAACAUGCUGUACAUUAAGACGUUUUUUCAGAGUGUCUACGAGACCAAUGAGCUUGACGACCAAUUCAAUUUUUUUUUUUUUAAUUAUUGCUGUGUUCAACCCCAAACGGAGGAAACCAAAAAAAAAAAAAUCUGAUCUGGGAGGGGGGAUGUGGGGGGGGGUGGCGAGUCGCUGUUCCACAUUCCGGUGCUGAAACCAAAAGCACGGAAAAGGUGCCAGCCCCAUGUAUGGUGCAGGAGUUUUUAAAGGAUGCGCUUGCACUGUCCAACCCCCUGACUGUAAAAUUACAUUCAUCUGAAAAAUGGUGUUUGUAUUUAAAUGGCUGUACUGUUUGUGUUGGUGCGUCCUGUUUAAGGCGCAGCAUUUAAAAAAAAACAAAAACAAACAAAAACCCACAACGUUUAGGUCGACUUUUUGAAGUAAGACACUAACACUGGAUAAAAUCUUACUCAGCACUUGGAAAUGUUUUUGUGGCCUGUGAUGUUUUUAUUCUGUUGUUUUAAAAAAGAAAUGCAGUUAUAACUAUUUAGAGUUGUAACCAAUAAAAGACACUGAAGUAAAGAGUUUUCAUAUAAACUAACAUAGGUGCAUAUAGUAAAACUACCAGCUGCAUCCCUGGCCUCAUAGCAAACAGUGGUGUUGGUUUCAUAUCUUUUAAUUACAGUAACACUUUAUAAGGAUGUAGAGUUCACACUAAAUUAUUAAACACUAAUGCAUGCAUCUUGAUUUAAUGCAGGAUUUAUUAUGAAUCCCUGUAGCUCACAUUAAUAAUCAACUCAGUAUCAGUUAAUGUGAUUUGUUAGUGCUUUACAAAGUAAUGAAUAAUUUAGUCACUUUUUGUGUGUGUGUGUGUGGGGGGGGGGCACCAAAUGAACUGGACUUUAGUUACAUAAAACUGUUCAUUUGGGAUUCAUGUGUUUGAUUAAUCUCUCCAAAAUCUGAGCAGCACUUCCUCUGGUAGGACAUAUGCUGCUAUCAAAUCCUGUGUUCAAAUUUAAAUUUUUACAUGGCGCUGCAUGAGCCAAAAGUCCUCAUUUCUUAUGUGUGCAACACACGGGAGGCACAUGUGGUUUUUUUACAAAAAAAAAAAAAAAAAAUUAUGUACAGACAUGUUUGUUACAAAAAGCCUAACAAAUAGUCCUGAGGGUAAGAUGAAACGGCAUUUUAGUUUAACCAGAUUCCAGUUAUAUUGUUGUGACACAUAAAUACAAUACAUAAAAAAAAAAGUUCUGUAUUUUGCAUCCAUUAAACGCAGUGACCUGGCCCUUAAUACAUCCUGUAUGUUUAAACUGUCACAAGUCAUUUAUUGCAUCAUUUGUAUCUUUGGCAGCCUUAUUAAAUAUUCCCCAUUAGAAGUAACUCCUGUGUGAGUACACACUCAGGGCUGUAUUAAUAAGCUCUCUGAAUAGCCAUAGG